AUGGCAAACUAUCGAGAUGUCAACAAUCCACCCGUCGAGAAGCUCAGCGACCGCAUAGACGAUUUCCUAAAAACGAUUGACAAGGUCACUACAGAACUUGUGCCGAAGUACAACACCGUAGCGGGCUACGCCAAAGCAUUUCGGGAGGUUCUCGAGACAGUGGAACCCAAAUUCGAUAAGUGGGAACGACGACUCGAGGAGUGUAGGAACUCGGGGACCCCCAACUCCGCAUCCUUGCAUCCGCGCAGUACAUCUUUGGCGACUUCUCAAACGAAAGGCAAGAACAAAGAGCCAAGCGAGAAUAGCGCUUAA